UGGGACUGAAGAAGGCUAACUUGACAGCAGCGCUUCUUUUCUUAGCUAUCCACACACGGCCCCUGCCCAAGAAUGUCUGUGUGUGUAGAGGUGGUUCUCCCGGAGUCCCGAGGGGCCACCGGAGCUUCCGAGAACUAGGAAGGAGCCGCCCAAGCCAUGAGUCCCUGUGGUAACCUGCCAGGGGGCCAGUGGCCUGGAGUCCUCACCCUCCUCCUGCUGCUCCGGAGGGAGAGGUGAGCGCCGGGCAGCCCGCCCCCAGCCCGAGGUGCCGCUCCCGGCCUGACAUGGUGGCCGUCUGCAGCCCGCCUGAGGCACUCCCAGAAGGGUUUGCAGCUGAGCCUCUUUAUCUGGAGUGGGAAGAAGAUGGGGAGUUACUUGUCCAUCCCAGCUUACUUCACCUCCAGAGACCCCUUUCGGUGCUCAGAAUGCCAGGAUUCCCUUACCAACUGGUACUACGAGAAGGAUGGGAAGCUCUACUGCCACAAGGACUACUGGGGGAAGUUCGGGGAGUUUUGCCAUGGGUGCUCCCUGCUGAUGACGGGGCCUGUCAUGGUGGCCGGGGAGUUCAAGUACCACCCAGAGUGCUUUGCCUGUAUGAGCUGCAAGGUUAUCAUUGAAGAUGGGGAUGCCUAUGCCCUGGUGCAGCAUGCCACACUCUACUGUGGGAAGUGCCACAACGAGGUGGUGCUGGCACCCAUGUUUGAGAGGCUCUCCACAGAGUUUGUUCAAGAUCAACUGCCCUACUCCGUCACGCUCAUCUCCAUGCCAGCCACCACUGAGGGCAGGCGGGGCUUCUCUGUGUCCGUGGAGAGUGCCUGCUCGAACUACGCCACCACUGUGCAAGUGAAAGAAGUCAACCGGAUGCACAUCAGUCCCAACAAUCGCAAUGCCAUCCACCCUGGGGACCGCAUCCUGGAGAUCAAUGGGACCCCCGUUCGCACACUCCGAGUGGAGGAGGUGGAGGAUGCAAUUAGCCAGACGAGCCAGACACUUCAGCUGUUGAUAGAACAUGACCCAGUCUCCCAGCGCCUGGAUCAGCUGCGGCUAGAUGCCCGGCUCUCUCCCCACAUGCAGAAUACCGGACACUCUCACACGCUGAGCACCCUGGACACCAAGGAAAAUCUGGAAGGGACUCUGAGGAGACGCUCCCUGAGGCGCAGUAACAGCAUCUCCAAGUCCCCUGGCCCCAGCUCCCCCAAGGAGCCCCUGCUGCUGAGCCGUGACAUCAGCCGCUCAGAAUCCCUCCGCUGCUCUAGCAGCUACUCACAGCAGAUCUUCCGGCCGUGUGACCUGAUCCAUGGGGAGAUCCUGGGGAAGGGCUUCUUUGGACAGGCCAUCAAGAGCUGGGAGGGGGGUCAGGUGACACACAAAGCCACAGGCAAAGUGAUGGUCAUGAAGGAGUUAAUUCGAUGUGAUGAGGAGACACAGAAGACUUUUCUGACUGAGGUGAAAGUGAUGCGCAGCCUGGACCAUCCCAAUGUGCUCAAGUUCAUUGGUGUGCUGUACAAGGAUAAGAAGCUGAACCUGCUGACAGAGUACAUCGAGGGGGGCACACUGAAGGACUUUCUGCGCAGUGUGGACCCAUUCCCUUGGCAGCAGAAGGUCAGGUUUGCCAAAGGCAUCGCAUCUGGAAUGGCCUAUUUGCACUCCAUGUGCAUCAUCCACCGGGAUCUGAACUCACACAACUGCCUCAUCAAGUUGGACAAGACUGUGGUGGUAGCAGACUUUGGACUGUCACGGCUCAUAGUAGAAGAAAGGAAAAGGCCCCCAGUGGAGAAGGCUACCACUAAGAAACGCACCUUGCGCAAGAGUGACCGUAGGAAGCGGUAUACAGUGGUGGGAAACCCCUACUGGAUGGCUCCUGAGAUGCUGAAUGGAAAGAGCUACGAUGAGACUGUGGAUGUCUUCUCUUUUGGGAUCGUUCUCUGUGAGAUCAUUGGACAGGUGUAUGCAGAUCCUGAUUGCCUGCCCCGCACACUGGAUUUUGGCCUCAACGUGAAGCUCUUCUGGGAGAAAUUUGUCCCCACAGAUUGUCCCCCAGCCUUCUUCCCCCUAGCCGCCAUCUGCUGCAAACUGGAGCCUGAGAGCCGACCAACAUUCUCAAAACUGGAGGACUCCUUUGAGGCUCUCUCUUUGUACCUGGGAGAGCUCGGCAUCCCACUGCCUGCAGAGCUAGAAGAGCUGGACCACACUGUGAGCGUGCAGUACGGCCUGACCCGGGACUCACCCCCCUAACCCUGGCCCAGCCCCCUGCACGGGGACGUUCUACAGCCAGCAUUGCCCCCUCUGCGCCCCAUCCCAGGGCCAUCUAGGUUUCCUGUGGAUCGGUGGCUUGUUUAGAGGCAGAACAAGCCAUCUCUACUACCUCCUCAGGAGGCGAGCGGGCGCAGCACCAGGGAAACAUAUCUCCACAGGUUUUGGGGCCUGGUUGCUGUCUGAAAAUCCAACACUCGCCUGAAAGCUGUGAAGAAGAUUUAAAAAAAAAAAAAAAAAAAAAAAAAGCCUGGACACUGGGCUAGGAAGAAUCUGUUACUUGGGACCACUUGGGAACUCCCUGGUUGUGGACUUGGAGGCUCUUACUUAACACUAAAUAUGACCUAGACCUGCUGAGCAGGAUUCCAGGGUGAACCUCCCCAUGGGCUCUGAAGUCUCCGGUCCAGUUGUGUGCGAGAGGACUUCACGUGGGUGGGUGUAUGAGAGAGAGACCGGUGGCCAGGUGGCAGGUGGCACUUGAAGGGUACAAAAUGACAGUGGUGUUCCCCUCUUCCAUUCCAGGUCCUGCCCUCCCUGGAGCAGAGUGAGGGGGUAGACUUUGAAGAGCCCUUUAGUCAGUGUAUGGUGGAACUGGCCAGGAGUCAGGGGAAGGGCUGGUUUCUGUUCACGUGCCCUUGGGUGGCUUUAGCGAGUCCAGGGACAUCGAAGUGAAGGGGAGCUUCCAUCUCAUGUUCUCCAACUGUACUACUGGAGACUGGAUGGGAACUUCUGAGUGGCAUCCUCUUCGUCUCAACAAGCAGUCAAAGCACAGUAAGGGGCUGGAGGCGGGGGAACAGGCCG